AUGAAAUCAGUGUUCGGACCGGAGUUUGAUUGGACACCCGAGACAAUAGGAGUGGUGGACUCGUCAUUUUUUUGGGGUUAUUUAGUGACACAAAUUCCCGGCGGAUUCCUCGCCGCCAGAUAUCCGGCCAAUAGGGUGUUUGGGACAGCUAUAGCCAUGUCAGCAUUCCUAAAUAUGCUACUACCAGGAGCAGCCAAAAUGCACCCGGGUUGGGUCAUGUUUGUUCGUAUCCUACAAGGAUUAGUCGAGGGCGUCACAUAUCCUGCGUGUCACGGAAUAUGGCGACAUUGGGCGCCACCAUUAGAGAGAAGCCGUUUGGCGACAUUGGCUUUCUGUGGCUCGUAUGCCGGCGCUGUAGUGGGUCUACCCAUGUCUGGAAUGUUAACCGAAUGGUUAGGUUGGGAGACCUGUUUCUACUUUUAUGGGUGUUUAGGCCUGGGAUGGUAUGCAUUAUGGAUGUGGCUGUCAUUUGAAAAGCCAUCCAAACAUCCGACUAUAAGUAGAGAGGAAUUAGUUUUUAUUGAGAAUAGUAUUGGAGUCGUGAAUCAAAAGCCACCGACACUCCAAACCACUCCAUGGGUAGAGAUAUUUAAAUCGCCGCCGGUUUACGCUAUAAUAAUCGCCAAUUUCUGCCGGUCCUGGACUUUCUAUCUGCUCCUCAUUUCCCAACCCAUGUAUUUCAAGGAGGUCUUCAAGUUUGACGUCGAAAAAUCGGGACUAUUAGGAGCCCUUCCGCACCUGUGUAUGACAUUUGUGGUGCCAUUUGGGGGCCAUUUAGCCGACCAUUUGCGCCAAUCGGGCAAAUUGUCGACAACUAAUGUGCGGAAGUGUUUCAAUACGCCGCCUAAACCAUACCUCCGGGACAAAGACGAAGAUCACCCGUCGUGA